AUUAAAUUACUGACACCGGCGGCCGUUUCUGUACAAAUCUGGCCGUAUCUCCUCCCGCUGUCCUACCGUCAGCCGCCCAUCUAUCCCAAUUCGUUGACGGAAACUCCGCUCGAUAAACCCUCUCUUAACGCACGCCUACACGGGUGCCACUUUCUUAAUCAGGCGUUCUCUAUCAUCGUCCUUUCCUUACCCCGAAUCUCUACAAUUGUUGGGCUGAUCUUUUCUGGUUAUAUCUCAGAUUUUGGGUCAAGAUGUCCAGAAAAUAAUUUGAUGGUUGGGGAGUUCCAAUUAAAGAAGAGUCAUGGGUGAAGAAUUACAUCUGAAUCCAAUUCCUUUGGAGAGCCGACCUGGCAUCCUUUUCAUUGGAUCCUCAAAUGUUGGCAAGCGCUCCCUCCUCUCUAGAUUACUCACUGUGGACUUUGAAGAUGCUCUGAACUCAUCCUCUCAAAUUUCGGUCCAUGGUUGGACUAUCAAUACGCAAUAUUACACAGCCGAUGUGUCGGUAUCAGUGGCUCAUUUGCACGAGGAAUUUUCCUUUGAGGCGUUGCCUAUGUUCAAUCAGUUGGCUGCCUUAGUCAUGGUCUUUGACCUGAAUGAUCUUUCAUCUCUUGUGACCCUUCAGGAUUGGGUCGCUCAUGUUGAUGUACAAAAAUUUGAUGUAUUAUUAUGCAUAGGAAAUAAAGUAGAUGUUGUUCCAGGUCAUCCAGUUCAUAUUGAGUACAGAAAACUUGUGCAAAAGCAGAGACAUAAAGACUCCUCUAUAGAUUAUUCAGAUACAGGCGAAUAUGGAAUUUCUGAAAUUGAAGGAAGUAGUUUAUUGGGAGACGAAGAUUCCUCUUGGGAAACUAGGAGGUCAUGUUUGGAGUGGUGCAUUGAACGCAAUAUUGAGUUCAUCGAGGCUUGUGCGUCUAAUGCAGAUUUUGAUAAAUGUUUAUCAAUUGAUGGUGAUAUACAAGGAGUUCAAAGGCUCUAUGGUGCUCUUUCUGCUCAUAUGUGGCCUGGAAUGAUUCUAAAAACUGGAGAUAAGAUUACCAACCCAUCAUUUCCGAAAGAAGAAGAAUUGUCAGAAGAAGAAUCUGACUUUGAAAUUGACUACGAAAUACUAUCUGGGGGUUCAGCUGAGAUGUGGGAUGACAUUAGUUUCAAAGGUUGCUCGUCGAACGGAGAAGGUUCGUCCAUAGAUGCCAGAGCUCUUGGAAACGAUGUUGAUAUUGCCGAGCAAGAUCAAGCUAGUCAAAGUAUCUGUGAGCCACCCAAGGCUGAAGAAAACCAUGUGGCUGUCGAUGAAGAACUCGAUCAAAUGACGAAUCCAUUCGUUGGAAAACAUCUUGACCUCGAGGAUUUAGAGCGGUUGAUGUCUGAGAUAGGGAACAUGCGCGACAGCUUGAGGUUGAUGCCUGAUUUUCAAAGGAGAGAAAUGGCUGCAAUGUUGGCCCUGAAAAUGGCCACCAUGUUUGGAGCCAGUAGUGAAGAUGAUGAUGAGGAAACUAGUUGACAAGAACAAAUUGGUCCAUUCCUUUAGUCAAUUGGUCUGCUUGAACAUUUAAAUUUUGACUCUCAGCUAUGGCUACCAAGCUUAUUUAUUU